AUGUGCAAACUUUUGGUUAUUUUGGCUAUUGUGGCUUCGGCUUCUGGAAAAUCCACACCUUCAACUCCAGUUUCUUCGGAAAAUAAGCCACCGGUUGCCAAGUCACAUCCUUUCCAAGCUGGCCUACCAACGGCACCUUCUGGAUUCAACUUUGGGUUCCCAACACAAGCUACAAUUCCAGCUCCAACAACUACGUCUUGCAGAACUAGACCAAUUGGAGAAGCCAUCUACAAUCAGUGUCCCACCGGUCACACCCUGAUUUCCAGUGGUGAAUGUUGUCCUACUCAACAAGUCCUCCCAUCCCCAACCAGUCACUCGACAUGCUUCGAUAAGGCAAAUGCCAAUGGAAUCAACGAAUGUCCACAAUGGAAGGAAUACUGUCAUCACAUGUUCCACAAGAGCUACAUGACCCAUCAUUGCCCACAGACUUGUGGAUUGUGUCCAGCCACCGCCUCUACCACAUGUGUUGAUUCGAUCAACCCAACGACUGGAAGAUCUGAAUGUCUCGCCAACAUUGGACUCUGUAACAAUGCUUCGUUGAAGGAUUGGAUGAAGAUUCAGUGCCCAAAGACUUGCGGAUACUGUCAAUAA